AUGCGGAAGGACGCAAAGAUACCCAUUAAUCAGUCUCUUCACUGCACUCGAGAGGGUUAUCGAGAAUCUCGUGUUAAGGCAGCAACUAGGUCAAACAGAAUAACAACCACGAGAUACAAAGCAAGAAUGUAUGUCAUGCUGGACAGGGAGAAGGAAUGUUGGGUUGUGUCCAGGGUAGAAUUGAGGCAUUCUCACCCCUGUUCGGCUGAUAAAGCUGUCCACUAUCAUGAGUACCGGGAGCUGACCAUGCAUGCCAAGUGUGUCAUUACGGAUAACGACGAGGCUGGCAUAAGACCCAACAAGACGUAUCUAGCACUUGCAAAUGAAGUUGGUGGGUCUUCAAACAUGAGUUUCUCAGAAAAGGAUGUCAGAAAUUACAUUACAAGCAAUCUCCGAUGCUCCGAUGACAAUGCGGACUUCAAUGGGAUGAUGAAUUAUUUCUUUCGAAUGAAGGAAAUCAAUCCCAACUUCUUUUAUGCCAUAGAUGUUGACAAUGCUAAUAAAUUUAGGAGCGCACUCUGGGUAGAUGCAAGGUGCAGGGCUUCGUAUGAAUAUUACGGAGAUGUGGUGUCGUUCGACACCACGUACAGGAGAAACAGGCAUGGUCUACCGUUUGCUUCCUUUGUCGGUGUAAACCACCAUGGGAAGUCAACCCUUCUUGGCUGUGCUUUACUUGGCAAUGAGGAGAUCCCUAGUUUCGAGUGGGUGUUCACGCAGUGGGUGAGAUGCAUUGGGACUACGCCAAAGGGUAUCAUUACCGGCCAGUGCAAGGCGAUGGCUGGUGCUAUAAGGAAGGUCCUACCUGAUACUGUCCAUAGAUGGUGCAUUUGGCACAUAAUGAAGAAAACACAAUUCAAGCUUGGUGGCUACGCUAGGUAUGGAGAGUUGAGUGCAAUGAUGAAUCACAUUGUGUAUAACUCUCCUUCGAGUGAAUCGUUUGAAGUUGAUUGGGCUGCUUUCAUUAAAGAAUUUGCGUUAGGUCAGAACAGAUGGUUAGCAGAUCUUUAUGCGAAUCGACGUAAGUGGGUGCCAAUAUUCUUCAAGAGUAAAUUUUGGGCCGGCAUGAGGAGCACACAGCGGAGUGAAAGUAUGCACGCAUUCUACGGUGGAUACCUUCAUUGCAAGAGUGGAUUGGUUCAGUUCGUCCUUGAAUACGAUAACGUGCUUGGAAACAAGGAGCAAAAAGAGCUUGAAGAUGAUGCUGCGGACUCGAAAGGAGUCAUCCCAUGUAUAGGAAGCACAGGUAUUGAGCGACAGUUUCAGCAGGAAUACACCAGUAAUAUGUUCCGGAACCUUCAGCUGGAGGUAAGGAAAAAAACCGAUUGUGUGGUUCGAUCAACUGAACAAAAGGGAGAUACAAUUUCUAUUAAAGUGGAUGAGCAGAAGGUAUUUUGGGGGAAGCCUGUCUACCAUACCUUCAUAAUACAGUUUGACCCUUUGAGUCGAAAGAGUCGGUGCGAGUGCAAUAAAUUUGAAUCUGUUGGUAUAUUGUGUUGUCAUAUCCUUGCGAUCUGGUCAUACUAUAGAGUUGACACAGUACCGAGCUGCUAUGUACUUCCUCGAUGGAGUAAGAAUGUCAUCCGCAAGCACACUUACAUUAAGAGUAGCCAUGACGUGGCUCGGAGUAAUGAAAGCCACAAUUUGUUUAGGAAUCUAUGUUCGGAGUUCUAUAACGUUGCUCAAGAAUUUGUUGCUUGUGAAGAGGAAGCAGCCAUCUUGCGAGCUGCCCUUUUGGAUGCAAAGUCCAAGCUGACUGAUCAUCGUGCUAGCAUGCGUUCCUGCACUCUUGAUGGGACUCAGAAUAGGAUGCUCACACGGAGCACAUGUGAUGUUAUUUUACAUGACAUACAGGGACCCUCAAGGGUGAAAACCAAAGGACGGCCUAAGGGUAAGAGACUUGGAGCAGAGUUGGACAAGUCAAUUAAGAAGUCAAUGGAAAAAAGGAAGAGGAAAUCACAACCGGAUGUUGUUGACCUUCAGACAGAUAAUGAUUGCCAAGGUUCUGUAGACAACAGAUUUGAGGACUCUACUAUAUGGAAUUCAGCAGAUGGUGGCGGAUUCAUGGACCUGUUGAACUCUUUCAGGCAUUUAUAG